AAUUAUAUAAUAUUAUAAAGAUUUGAAGAAGACUUGCUAAAUCCCCGCCCAUGUAAAUAGUAAUAAUAUAAUAAUAUCCUGGAAAAUCAUAUUCAGUUAACUCAAAUAAAAAUAAUAAUUAUUUAUUCAGAAGAAGAAUUCCUGGUAAAUGGCAGGUCAAAAAUUCCAUCCCUCAUUCAGUCUCUCUCUCUCUCUCUCUUUGUAGUCUCCUUCUCCAGUCCUCCAUGCUUCCCACGCGUCGACUAUGUCGGUCCCACCCCCACCCCCCACCCCCCACCCUAAACGGAAUCAGCUUCACCAAAACGCUUUUUCUUACUUGGCAUUUCCCGCAUCUUCAAUUCAAUUCCAAUCGAUCUUUACUCUUAUAUCUAUAUAUACAUGUGUGUGUAUAUAUGUGUAUGUGUAUGUGUUUACAUUCACAAAAAAAGUAGCCCUCGUUUCUCCCUAACCCCCAUUUAUUGCUUCAUCUCUUACUGCAAAAUUGACCCCCUUUACCCCCUCUCUCUCCCUUCAAUUGUCCGUGUGGCUGCAUAAACGAGUGAAUUGUGUGUGUUAGAGAGAGAAAGCGCCAUGGCCGCAAGCAGUUCAACCUCCACCACUGGCAACGCUGAAGUGUCACAAACGGACAAUGGUUUAAUUGACUCUGAAAAAACAAUUCGGGAAAUUAUUCAGCAGCCUCUGCUCCUAGAAAACGACGACCCUCUCAUUGAAUUCUCCGAAGCUUUGGAAACUGUUGUAAAGACAUUAAGAAGGGUCACCGAGGCGAAGGCUUCUGCUCAAGCUGAGGCUGCUGAGUGGAAACGUAAAUACGAACUGGAGCGUGCACGCAAUUUGCAGCUGGAGCAAAAAGAAUCUAAACUGCUGGCUUGCUCGUCAAUGUUGUCACUAGGAGGGCGUUGCAGUGAGUUAAAUGUUGAGAAAGGACGAGAACCGACAGAGCAAACCAUGUUUUCAGAUGAAAACAGAAUGCAGUGCGAAUUGGGCGGCGGAGAAGAAGGAAUCUGUUCUCAUCUGGUUCUUAAAAAUGACGGGCCUGAUAUUGAAUCCUAUGCGGCCCAAAAUAAGGUGAUGGGGAAGGCAUCAUUUAAGCUGUCAUGGUACUGCAAGGGUGAAAAGAGUGACAGCCACAAACAUGACAUUGUCUCUUUUGAGAAGGGUAAUAUAACGACUGCAGAGCGCAGCAGUAAACAGAUCUGUUUGACGUGGGAAUCUCCUCCACAGACUGUUCUUGUAGCCACUAAGCCAAAUUCAGCUCCUGUCCGAAAAGCAUGUUUGGAAAUGGUCAGAUGGUUGAAAGAGCAUAAAAACUUAAACGUAUUUGUGGAACCACGAAUCAAGGCUGAGCUUUUGGAAGAAUCAUCGUACUACAGCUUUGUACAGACCUGGCGAGAUGAGGAUAUGCCGCUACUGCAUACAAAGGUUGACCUGGUAUUGACUCUGGGUGGAGAUGGAACUGUCCUUUGGACUGCGUCGAUGUUUAAAGGGCCAGUUCCUCCGAUCGUGCCAUUCUCUUUAGGCUCUCUAGGUUUUAUGACCACAUUCAGCAAGGACCACUUCGACAAAGAUCUGUCUUCAGUACUCGUGGGUCCCGUAAAUAUCAUGUUAAGACAUCGAUUGCAAUGCCACAUCAUCAGACGAGAUGCAGCUAAAAGUGAAGGGCCCAUUCUUGUACUGAAUGAGGUCACAAUUGACCGUGGGGUCUCACCGUUCCUCACGUAUCUGAAAUGCUACUGGGACGGCACUUUUGUCACAGACGUGCAAGGGGAUGGCCUCAUAUUAUCAACUACUUCUGGCAGCACAGCAUAUUCAGUUGCUGCUGGAGGAUCAAUGGUUCACCCUCAGGUUCCUGGGAUUCUUUUCACGCCAAUAUGCCCUCAUUCUUUAUCGUUUAGGCCUCUAAUGCUGCCUGAGAAUGUUAGUGUUAGAGUUGUGGUACCGGUUGGUAGCAGAAGCAGUGCAUGGGUUUCGUUUGAUGGUAAGGGCAGAAAAGAGUUGGCACCUGGAGAUGCGAUCGUCUGCAGCAUGUCUCGUUGUCCUGUUCCCAUUGCUUCUCAAUCCGACCCCACCUCUGAUUUCCUGCGUAGCAUCAAAUCCCUUCUCAAAUGGAAUUUGAGGGAGACUCAGUUGUCUGAUGGCCCUCGCCAUUAGACAAUACUAUAGUCCAAUUUAUAUUGGAAAUUUAAUAAUUCAUAUAUAUAUAUAUAUAUAUAUAUGCUUCUUUAGGAUUUUACAUUUUUACUGUACAGGUCUUUUUUUUUUUUUUUUUUUAAAUUUUUUUUAAAUUUUUUUUUAUACCUGUAAUGCAUUUCUGCAAAACACAUGUAUGCAAACAUAUUCGAUAAUGGAUCCAGACGUUGUCGACACAAGCUUCUUAAGGAUUUCACUGUACAUGAGAUAUUAUUAUGCUAGUA